GAUUUAUGACAGCUAGAGGUAAAUAGCAAAAAUUCCGCUUCGCAAAAUUCCCAAUUUAUUUUUAGAAAAAAAAAGUGCAUUUAAAGUGAAUUAUUAAUUUAUUAAAUAAAUAAUAAACUAUUUACAUUUAAAAUCAAUAAAUUAAAACUGAUAUAAAAUGCCCCAAAAUCGACGUAAAGUCCCAUUCAGUGGCAAAAAGAAGAGAGAUCAAAUUCAAAUGAAGCGGCAAAUGAAAGGUACACAACCAAGACUUCUCAAAACCGCAUACGAUUCGUAUGACGACGAUGAAACAACUGAGGACACUGAAAAAGUGCAAGAGGUCAAUGCCCAACCGUCUCGGGGCCGCAACAAGAAUGUCAAUCGAUACAACUUGAAAUUCUAUCAUGAAACUGAGAAGGAAUUGAAAGAAAUGAUGGAGGAACUCUUUAAACCGCUAGCAAAAGCUAAUCCAAAGGAUCGAGAAGUUGAUGAUAGUUAUUUCAAGAAUUAUGACUUUCCCAUUCGACCUGAGUGGAAUUAUAAGAUGUCCAAGGAUAUUCUCGAUAUGAAUGAGAAUAGUUACUUUCGGAAAUAUGUUGAAAGUCUACGCAAAAACCACAUUGAAGAAAACGAUCGGUUGAGUUUAUUCGAAUUGAAUUUAGAAACUUGGCGGCAAUUGUGGCGCGUAUUGGAAAUGUCUGAUGUUCUAUUGAUUAUUGCGGAUAUAAGAUAUGCGACUUUAAUGUUUCCUCCAUUUUUGUACAAGUACAUCGUGGAAACAUUGAAGAAACACGCUAUUCUUGUAUUGAAUAAAGUGGACUUAGUUUCUCCUGAAGUAAUUGUCGCUUGGAAGAGUUAUUUUGAGAAAACUUACCCUGGUAUAACGGUGGUAUUGUUUGCUUCUUAUCCAGCAAAGACUCUUAAAGGUUCGACCAAAGGACGUAUGGCCCAUAAACGCAGUAUUGAGGGUGUUCACAAUAUCUACAAAGAAUGUCACAAAAUCACUGAAUCAAAUGUCGAUCUUUCCAGUUGGGAACAAAAAAUUCUCGAAGAUAUGCGAGAAGAAUUUUGUUAUGAAGACGAACGAUACGGCGCACACGAUAUCGUACAUUCUGAAGCAAAUACUAGUGAUUUCGACUUUGAAAAACAUAUCAUGUUCAAAGAUGGCAUUUUGACAAUCGGUUGUGUUGGUUUCCCAAAUGUGGGUAAAUCAUCAUUUAUAAAUGCAAUGAAAGGCAAAAAAGUAGUUAGUGUAAGUCGAACUCCAGGACAUACCAAGCAUUUUCAAACGAUUUUCCUUACGAACAAAGUACGCCUAUGUGAUUGUCCAGGUUUAGUUUUUCCGUCCUCUACGCCAAAAUAUCUACAAGUCUUGCUUGGCAGUUAUCCCAUUGCCCAAUUGAAACAAAUCUAUCCGGUUAAGUUUUUGGCAGAGAAUAUUAAUUUGCCAGAAUUACUUAAACUAACACUUCCAGAGGAUUAUGAUGAAUGGUCGCCGGUGGCAAUUUGUGAAGCUUGGGCUGCCAAACGAGGUUAUUUCACAGCUAAAGCAGCUCGGCCUGAUCGCUAUCGGGCGGGAAAUGAAUUACUCCGAAUGUGCUUAGGUGGGCAGAUAACAUUGGAAUUUUAUCCACCGGAUUUCUUAGCCGAGAGGGAAAAUUGGUUACAACAUCCAGAUAUUGAAGAAGUUAAAAAAUAUCAAGGAGACAAAGAACUGAAUGAAGAGUCGUUGAGUGCACAUUCCUCGGAUAAAUCAGGUGACGACAGUGACAAUGAGAGUAGCUCUGAAGAUGGUAUGAACGCCGAUGAUGAUUCUGGUUCAGGAACAACCUCAAAGCAGCGAAACAAUGUAUUCGCUUUACUGGAAGAUGAAUAAAUUACAAUAUCAAAAACGUUACACAGAAAAGAUUGUUAUUCAAAUUUCAUUCCGUUCAUAAUUUAUUUACAAUUUUGUGUUUUGUUUCUGUUCUUUAAAAAACAAUAAAAAAUGCAAAAGCUUA